UUUCAAACUAUCUUUUGAUAUUCUACUUGUUUUUUUAUCGGAAAAAGCAAAAUAGUACUCGUAGAAGAAGAAGCUUUACAAGUUUACCCGCUCAAACGCGCAGAACUUGAGAAGGCAUGGCUUGUCUAGUACACCAUGCCGUCAUUUGUUAAAUUAAACAGCCAACUCCGUAACCCCGCUUUCUUCAUACGAAACAAUUCAGCUCUGUCCGGGGUUCAACCUCCUCGCAGCCUAGGGUUCAGGUCAACACCACAGUAGCCGUGCCCUGCCGCAUUGAUUUCAUCCUCUAGCCGGGAUGGGGAGAGGCAAGCGAAACUCCGCCAUUGUCAUUUCGUCAUCCGAUGAUGAAGGAAAUGGAGACUUUGUGAUGGAACCGAGUCCAGGUAAGCCGAAGCUGAAAUUGAAGUCGAGGUCGGCGUCCGUUCCAAGAAAGAACCCUAAGAGAGCUAAGAUAGUCCCUCUUUCCGGUUCGAGUUCGCUUCCGCGUCAGCGUACCACAUACAGUGGGUUCGACGAGAUAAAAAGGUUUUGUGAUGAAUGUAAAGGAGGGUUCUCUGAGCUCAAGGCCGAGAUAGCAGCACUGACCUGUGGGUUGAUAAAUACAAGCCUUGUUCUCUUGAUGAGCUAGCUGUUCACAAGAAGAAGGUUGAAGAGGUCAAGAUAUGGUUUGAGGAGAGAGUGAUAAAUAGAAUGGAUAGAUCAUUAAACCAUGUUCUUCUGAUUGCUGGGCCUGCUGGAGUUGGAAAAUCUACAACUGUUCAUGCUAUUGCAUCGCUUAUUGGAGCUGAUAUUUGUGAAUGGAAUACUCCUACUCCGACGAUUUGGCAAGAACAUUUGCACAAUUCCAACUCAGGCCUAAGGUACAUGUCCAAGUUGGAUGAGUUUGAAAGUUUUGUGGAAAGGAUGAGAAAGUAUGGGAUACUUCCCUCAUCUGUAACUUCACGACCACUGGCACCAGUUGUACUCCUAAUUGAUGAUCUUCCAGUUGUAAAUGGAAAAGUAACCUAUGAAAGACUCAAGAGGUGCUUAACACUUCUUGUUCAAUCAGUUCGUGUUCCCACAGCCAUGCUCUUCACGGACCACAGCAAGGCUGACUCUACCGACUUCCACAUGCGCUACCCAGAGGAACUCCUCCAGUCUCUGGAAUCUGCCGGGGCUUGUAAGGUUGCAUUCCUUGAAGUACUUAAUGAGUGACUUUCAAUCCAAUUACAUUCAAUUCUAUGAAAAAAAGUCUUGAAAAAAUAUGCCGAAUGGAACAAGUUAAUGUUACUGCUGAUUCAAUUGAAGCAAUAUCAAAAGCAAGUGGAGGUGAUAUCAGGAAUGCUAUUACAUCAUUACAGUACUUCUGCCUGAACCAACAGUCAAUGCCUUCUCAACCUUCCUCGAGCUGUUACUCUACUCCUUCAAAAGAAAGUCUAGAUCAUGCCAAUACUUCAUAUAAUCAAAUAUCUAUGACAUUUGGCAGAGAUGAAACCAUUUCUUUGUUCCACGCAUUAGGGAAAUUUCUGCACAACAAAAGAGAGAACGAAGAUACUAAUUCCUCAGAUAGAGGUGUAUUUGUUUUAAAGGAGGAAUUCACGCGCUUUCCGCUAAAGAUGGAUGUUCCGGAAGUUGUUCUUUCACAAGCACAUGGCCAAGCGAGACCCAUCACUGAUUUUCUGCAUGAGAAUGUGUUAGAUUUUUUAAAUGAAGAAGCUGCAGAUGAUGCCUGGGUUGUAUCUUCUUAUUUAAGUGAUGCUGAUUUCCUUCUUUCACCAUCCAAAAAUAUGAUUGCCACAAAUUUCGGGACCGAGAAUCUUCAGCACUUAGUUGCUGCCUCAGUUGCUGUUCGGGGAGUGUUAUUUGGUAAUAAUCAUCCAUCACCAUCCAGGUGGCAUGCCAUCCGGCGACCAAAGCUGUGGCAGGUUGAGCAAUCCACGUGGCAAAAUAAGUGUCAGAUGUCAAGGGAGAGAGGUCAUUAUUAUGUUGACCAUCUAGACCAGAAGUCCAUGCCUAUGCAGUCAGUGAUUGCAACUGAGAUUAAACCUAUUCUUAAAUGGAUUGGACAUAGAGUACAUGGUGAGUUUGGAAUUGAGCAAGCGUUUGAGGAUGUAAAUGAAAACUUCGUUAACAGCUUUUCUUUAGGUGACAAAAGUGAUUAUGAUAUAUCUGAUGAUGACAUAGAAGAUUGCUAAUAGUUCAAUUGUUCAACAACAUUCUUGCUGUGUUGGAAUUCAUCCAAGUUUGAACUUUUUCAUUUGUAAAUUGUGUAUAUAGCUGAAAUAUCAUCCUUUUGCCAAUAUCCUGGAGCCCAGUUUUUCUUCAUAGAAUAGUGGUUUUGAUAUUUUUCUUCAUUAUGUAUGUUACAAGCUUGAUCAUUAGAAGAAUGACAGUUCUACUAUUCACUCCAGAAGUCAAG